GUAAACCCUCUACGGUCUCGUACCUGUAAAAAUAUAAAGAAAUUAUUUGCUCGUUUACACUUACCAUGUGUCAUAUAUAAAAGGUAAUAUGUUAAUUGGAGUGACAUGAACAUGCUUAUGGAACCCAUCAUGAAAAUAGAAAUUCAUCACUACCAAAACCAAUUACUGCAUUCACUAUAUGAACUUCAAAAGAAGAAUGUUAUAUGUGAUGUGGCAUUAGAAUCUAACAGAGGGGAAAUUUAUGUCCACAGACUUGUGUUGAUAGCCAAUCAAUUUAUGUGUGCCAAUUUAAAUUCAUAUUACACAGAACUACAAAAAUUAGAAAAGAAAAAAGAAAGAAUUGAUUGUACCAAAUUUUCGCCUGAAAUGGUUGAAGCUUUAGUUACUUUGGUGUAUACAGGGAAAAUUGAUAUAGAAUACAAACAUGUUAAUGAUUUAUUCCUUUUAUGUGAUGAUUUAAAUUUUAAAACGGCAUGUCAGGCAAUAAGACAACAGAUCGACAUGAUUGAUAAGAAUCGUAGUAAUUAUGAUAGAUUUGAUGGUUAUUUGUUGUCACAUGACACAUGUGUUAUGCCUGUUACGUCACUUGAACAUUGUUGUAGUGCAAACAUACCUAUUUCAGUUUUAGAUAUAAAGAAGGAAUGCACGGAUGAUUCUGAUUGUGAAAGUGUAGAUAUAUCAGAACAAACUGAAUCUUGUAAACUACCAGUUCAGGUUGAAAGCAUCAAACAUGAGACAUCAUCCCACAAAAAAUCCAUGUUUUCUAUUGGGGAUACGACAUCUGAAAGUUGUUCUGGUGAUCAGAAUGUGAAACUUCCAGAAAAUUUAGACUUGCAUGCAAUUGACAAUACAGGACUGUCAUUCAAGACGAGUUUAUCAAAUGAAACACUAGAAAGUGUGUAUCCUAUUGCUGCUUAUAAAACUUCUGAAUCUGGGUUGCAGUUGUUAUCACAAAGCGAUACAUGUAUCUUACAUUUAUCAGAUCAUAGUACAAACUCAGAAAGUAACCAAACACAACAGUUAAAUAACGUCCUCUUACAUGAGGAUCAGGCAAAACUAGUAAAAGCAAUGAUAAGACAAAAAAUUUUGACUAAAAGGCGAUCUGGAAGUAAAAGAAAGUGCAAAAAUGGUAGAAUUAAAACGAGAAAAACUCUAAGACAGAUUCAUGAUCAUAGUGAAGAUAAAAACAAAUCAUUUAAAGAAACUUCUAAUUCUGGCACUCAAGAUUGUGAAACUGAAGACACAAACUAUGUCCCUGUUGGUUCUGAUGAAAGAGGAGACGAAUUUAAGGAGGGUAUGCACAAUUCAUGUGAAAAGAAAGAUAGCUAUAGUAGACAGUGCCAAAGAUGCCCCAAAUCUGCACCACCAUUUGAUUCCCUCAGUGAAUACAACAAACGUCUAAAAGAGAUACACAGGACUAUUUGUCCAGACAAGUAUCCAGUUGUGCCAUGUGAUGAAGAGAUGACAAAACACAUGAAAAUUGAGGCAGAAGAUGAAUCAUUUCAUGACAGCUCAUCUGCUAUUACAGCUUUAAACAACACCAAUGAUCAGCCGGGAUAUAUUUGCUGUUUUUGUGGAAAAAAUAUUAAAACUAAAAGUGGUCACAGACGUCAUGAAAUUAGUCACUCUGAUAAUGACAAGAAGAGACGGGAAUGCCACAUCUGCAACAAAAAGUUUGUCGAUAACGCCCACUUUCUUGGUCACAUGCACACGCAUAUGGGAUAUAAGCCUUACAAGUGUGAGAAAUGUAAAUUGCAGUACACAUAUAAAGCUACAUACAAGAGACACUUGAAAGUUUGUAAGACUCCUACUGCAAAAACUUUCAAGUGUCCAAUGUGUCCUCAGAUAUUUGAGAGGAAAGAUGUUCUAUCAGACCAUAUGAUAGGAAAGCAUAAAAAAGGUGUUGACCAAUAUCGAUGUCAAAUAUGUAAUAAAGGAUUCCGAUACCGAUCAAGCAAAUCUAAACAUAAUAGGAAAUAUCAUCAGUGAGACUGAACAGCCUGUCUAUGGUCAUAAUAUUGUUGUUUUCAGUUAUUGGAUGAUUGGCCUUAAUUAUUUUAAAGCAAUUUUAAAAUUGAUUUUUAGAGAACUAUUAUACUAUUUACAAUCUGUUGGAAUCUUUUUUAUACAAAUUUCAUUGCGUACAACUGAGAAAAAACACUUUCUCUUUUCUAGCUACAUGUACAAAUGGCAACUGUUUAUACAUUAUUUUUUAUUAUUAUUUUUCAUUACCAUGAUUACUAUGAUUAUUAUUUGUUAAAUGAAUUGGAUACUUCA